AUGUCGUUUCUCGAUCAUCCUACAGGGGCCAGGCGCGAGAGCCCGGGAAUCCACCGCAUCCUGAAUUUAUGCAUAAAAAAGCCUUGGCACUGCCGUUCCGAGGACCUAUUCGACAACUCGAUUUCAUUGGUGGCUCUUGGCUCGGACAACUCUCGCCUUGUACUGCGCGAAGAAUGGGACUGGAAGACCACUCCAAUGGGCCGUCCAAAUGCCGAUGUUGUCACCGCUGCAUUUCCGUCCAACAGCGGCGCCCACAACAGCUCUUUGUUGCAUUGCCAAGCCGGUCUAGCAUGCUUCCUCUCUCACCCAGCUUGCUGCAUCACCAAUAUUGCCGUCAAUCAACUUCCUAUUAUUGAUUUUGUCGCACAAGCUUCUGAGAUGGCUGCUUUAUGUCGCCGCAUGGCGCCAUUGGUACUCUCCUUCCCCUUUCCGCGGACCAUGUCGUCUUAUCGACUUGGGUUCACUUGCUGUACAACCGCCAGCGUAACUUUUGGCGACAUAUCCAAGUUUGACAGGUUCAUCCCGACUUGGACCCUGCGGCGAUGGCUGUUUUCCGAGCAAGGUAAUGCACCAUCGAGGGCCUGGAUGAGCCAGCCACUUACAUGA